AUGCAAUCAUUGCCAUGUAAUAUUUCGUCUGGAGUACCACAGGGGUCUAUUUUAGGGCCCCUACUGUUCGUCUUGUUUAUUAAUGAUCUUCCAGCAGCUGUUCAACAAUGCAAUGUUCUGAUGUAUGCCGAUGACACGGUACUUUUCUUCGCAGACAGGGACAGUGGUGUAAUACAGAAUGUGUUAACAACCGAGCUAGAAAAUUUGAGAGCUUGGCUGAUGGAAAACAAACUGUCUCUUAAUAGGAAAAAAACAGAGACGAUGUUGUUUGGAACUAAUGCAAACUUAUCAAAGGUAACUAAUUAUGAGCUCUCAAUUGAUGGCUUUCCAUUGAAGCGUGUAACUGAUUAUUGUUACCUUGGUAUUACUUUAAAUGCAAAUUUGUCUUGGCAUUCACAUGUUGAUAAUGUAGCAAUGAAAGUGGGCAGAAGAAUUGGCAUGUUACGUCGACUACGGAACAACCUGACCCUAAAUGCGGCGGAAACGGUUUAUAAGUCGUUCAUUCGCCCUAUUAUGGAGUAUGGGGACAGUAUUUGGACGUGCUGUGGUGAGCAAAACAAAGGAAGGCUCGAGAUACUCCAAAAGCGUGCUGCCAGAGUGAUUUCCAGGUACACGCGAAGUGAUGACGCAAUGGAAAGUCUCAGAUGGGACAGCUUAGAAUCAAGAAGAGACGUACAUGUUCUCAAACUGGUUAAAAAAUGUAUUCUAGGGAAAUGUCCACAAUUUUUUAAUAAUUAUUUCGUUUUUAAUCGUGACAGUUCCUCGCGAAUAACAAGACAAUCAGACAAACUUCGUUUGCCUAAAGUAAGAACCGAAUGUGCAAAGAAUUCGUUUUAUUAUGGAUGCAAGGUUUUUAAUAAGUCUAAUUAA